UAGUCGUGAUUGAAGCACCAUUAGCUGAAGUUAUGAAAAUAGAUGCUAUGAUAAAAGAUUUUCUGGAAUUGUUGACAGAAACCAAGAUUGACAGUAACGAUGUAAACAAUGAAAACAAUGAAAUCAAGGAGCACGAAAUAAGUGGUGAUGAAAAGCAAGAGGAUAUAACAAGGAAGAUGAUUAUUAAUAAAAGAAGAAAUGAAGAGACGUGUGAAGUAAAAAAUGAGAAUAUUGAGAACAUACUUAUGAAAGGUAAUGAAACAGCCCAGAAAGUCAAAUCUAAUUUAGUAUUUAUUCUUGGUUAUGCUGGUGAGGCUUUUGAUGCCAUAGAGGACUUCA